CAUACUACAGUCAGUGCUGCGAUGGGAGAGGUGGAAGCAGAGAGACAGAGGCGCCUUUAAACCGGAGUAAAGAUGGAGGACGACCUGGUGUCGGAGGAUGAUAUCUUGCUGUGGUCAGAAAAGGAGUUCCAUGAUGCUGCAAAGAGGAACGACACAGGGAGAAUUCAGGAGCUGAUCAAGAAGGGUGUGGACGUCAAUGCCAAAAAUAAAAUAGACCGUAAAGCUCUGCACUGGGCGGCAGGAGCUGGGAAUGAACAGGCUCUGCGUCUUCUACUGGACCAUGACACUGAAGUGGAUGAAAAGGACUCUUUUGGCAUGAAUGCUCUGCUCCUGGCAUCGUGGUUUGGCCACCUGAAAGUCCUGCAGAUCCUGGUGUCCUGUGGAGCAAAGCUCAACUGUGAAAACAAAGAUGGUCUGAGUAUGCUGCACUGUGCCGCCCAGCGAGGUCACAUCAGAGUGUUGGAGUUCAUCAUGGAGGACCUGGAAGACAUCUGUCUGGACAGAGUUGACAAAUCAGGGAAGACUGCGCUCCACCUGGCUGCUGAACACGGACAGUUUGAAGUGGUGGAGUUUCUGAUUGGGAUGGGUUGCACACAUGGUUUGAAGGACAAGGAAGAGAACACAGCCAUGCAUCUGGCAGCGAAGCGUGGGCACACAGAGGUCCUGCAGAAGAUGGUGGAGACUGGAGUCGACGUUGAUGAGAGAAAUAUAGAUGGUCUCACAGUGUUGCACCUGGCAGCUGAUGGAGGUCACUAUGAAUGUGUCAAACUGCUGCUGGAGUCUGGCUGUAACGUCAACGCACAAACUAAUAAGAAUGCGAACGCUCUGCAUUACGCGGCUCAGCAUGGCUUCGACAGAGAGGCCAGUUUGCUGCUGGAGGCAGGAAUCAACAGAGAUGCUGUGGACAAUCAACGCAACACAGCGCUCCACCUCGCUGUGUUCAGCAACCACACAGAGGUGCUACGCCUGCUCAUAGACGCCGACUGUGACCUGGACAUCGCUGACUGUAGACAACAGACUGCUUUGCACAUCGCAGCAGAGUACGGCUGGCAGGACAUGGCUGAGAUGAUGCUGAUCUCUGGUGUUAACCUCAAUCUGACUGACAAGCAGGGGAAAACGUGUCUGGAGGUGGCAGCCAGAGGAAACCAUGUCAUCCUGGUCGACAUGAUCAUCAAAGCUGACCGUUUUUAUAAAUGGGAGAAGGAUCAGAUGGGCAGUGAGCAGGACUCCUGGGUGGGGAGGCCUCUGAGCUUCAAGCAGGACCGCCAGCCAGAGACGCAGCACAUCCGCUCGGUCCUGUGGAACCUCGCCACCAAGCUCCUGUGCCGCGGGGAGUGGAAGCUCCUGGCACAACACUGGGAAUUCAGCGAUGCACAUAUACGAGCUAUCGAACACCAGUGGACAGGUAUGAAGAGCUUCAAAGAGCAUGGUCACCGAAUGCUGUUAAUCUGGCUUCACGGAGUCGUGAUGGCGGGGGAGAACCCGAUCAAAGGCCUCUAUGAGGGGCUGGUGGAAAUCUCUCGGACAGAUUUGGCAGAGUGCAUCCGGCAGAAGGCGAACGCAGAGACCAGCUCACCCAAAAUGUGCUCUGCAAUGUGACACCAAACACUGUGAGUGACUGUGAACGCAACAGAACACAUUCGAGGUUUCAGGUCCACUUCUACUGAGAACUGAGCCCAUGACAGAGCUCCGUGUUACCCACAGCAUGACCUGUUUACAUAUUCACUCAGUGAAUAUACUGUGAUUGUUCUGAAUUCAGGGUCAGAGAAAAUGAUGGUUGUAAACCUGUAAAUGAAAUGGUGAAAAUGUAAAAUAUUUGUUUUUAUUCUUCUUUUUAAUGCAUGCAGCGAACACCUGCUGGCACACCUCAUCUCUGUACACAAAGGGCUUUUCAGCAUAUUACUACAGCUCAUCAUACAGCUUAAUAUAAUGUAAUGCUUCUCCUGCUUCUUCUUCUUAAAGUUCCUCUUUCUAAAAACUGCAUUGUGUGUUGUGAGGGGCGGUUAAAGUGUGUUUUCAGUCUGCAUUUAUUCAGCCCUGCUGUGGGGAAGUCUGAUCAGAGUGAAAGGGAAGUAGAUCGGAGGGAGACUGGAGAAACAUUCUCAGUUUUUGUGUCAGUGACUGAAACAGUAUUUUCUUUUAACAAGACAACUGAAAGCAUGUGUGUAACAAAAAUGUACAAACACCAACAACCGUGGCUUAAUCUAGGAAAACUCACUUUAGGGCAUGAUCACGCACACAGCUAUGUGGUGCUAUUACGCUCAAGGUAAAUCUCGCGACGCAGUAUUGACCUUCACUACGUUAAGAAUCAUGUGACAACAAGGUCUUGUCAUUAAGGCCAUGUCCACAUGUGUGUGGAUAUUUCAUACGAUAUUUUCCCUUUUCAUUUUUUACGACCAUUUCUGAGAUCCAUUCUUGAAACAGUGGGCCUUCUACAGCUUUCCACUUUCUCAUUAACAUCUGUUUACCCAUCAGAAUAAUUGUCUGUAUCCAAUUUGCAAGAGGUUUUACACUUUGGUCAGUGGGUUGAGGAUUUCCAAGUAUGUAUAUAUUUUCCCCUUUCACUUAAAAAAGAAAUCUGUCUACUCAACAGUCAAUCUACAAAACAUUUCAGUCAACACUACAAUGCAACAAUGACUCCAAACGCUCGCCGGGCUAGUAAGACGGACGAAGGCUACAUCAGUGAUAAGUCAGUUACAAGAAGAAUGAUCCAAAACGUUGUUUCUGGUGGAUUUUAAUCUGCAGACAUUGAGGUGGACAAAAUAACACCUUCUUUUUUUUCAUGAAGAGGUUCAGCAAUACUAAGAUGUAAAGUAGUCGUUAGACCAAGCAGUGCGAGGAAAAUGUAAAAGAACUAGGGAUGCUCGAUAAUAUUGGCACGUCAUCGGUGUCGGCCGAUAUUGGCUUUAAGAUGAAAUAUUGGAAUCGGCCAACAUGCUUUUAAAAAUGUACGUGAAUUCCACCAGAGAUAAAAACUCAUGAUUGUACCAUUUUCAUAUGGUUCUAAGAAAACUCCGCGUCCUGUCUGUCUUCCCCAUAUGGAGGCCUCCUACUGACGUAACGGCUCGCGUAACAUCACCCCAAUGUAACAUAGGCUAUAACGUUAUAUAUGACAGCACAGCAUCCAGUCGCUAAUGGCUAACGUUAGCCUACUGUAGCAUAGCCUCUGAAACAUUAACGUUAUCUUCCUUGUGCGUUUCCACUUAGUAGUAACGUUAACGCUACUAUCUAACGUUAGCACUGUAACCUUAUUCUAAAACUCAUCAGUCAUCACCGACUCCGGUUGAGUUUUAAAAAUUGUUGUUUUUUGCACAUGCUCAUUACACAAAGCAACUGCGCAACCUGAGGAGAUGACAUCAUUGUGUCCCAAACGCCCUGUUUUACACGUCCACGUGGACCCGAAGUAUUGACGAGAUUUAAAAGAUGUGCACCUUAGAAGGUGUUUUCAAAAAUCUCUUUUUUUAGUGACUUAAAACUCCCUUUGUGUGUGGACGAGAGCCCAGAACAUGGAGGAAAAUAUCAGUUUUUAAGAAUAUCUACACACAUGUAGGCGGGGCCUGAGGGUUGGUUUGUGCUCCUUCAAACUUAGUUCUUACAAAGUCUUGUCUGACCACGUCGUAAAUCAAAGGUGUUUGUAGUUGUUCCAAACAGCCACGCUGUGUCUCUGACUGUUUUAUUCAUCUUUGUGAUGUUUGCGUCAGGGCAGUGCUAUAUGAAUAAAUAUCACCGGGCAGAGUGGCGACACCAGCCACGCUCUGCGGCAGCUCUCACACAUUGAACACACUGUAGACAGCUAUGAUUGAAUCAUGUCACCACAGAAGCACAUGGACAUUUCCAGAUAAACGUACCAGCAUCUUUGUUAGUAUUACUAUUGUUGUUGUUACACACUGAUGUCAAGUCUUACACUGUUGUGGCUCCACAGCAGCAGUCCUUUCUGUCUUGCGGGGGACUUCAGGCUCUGCACUUUCUGUUUCUGUGGCCUUAAAAAAAUCUCUUUAUAACCUGAGUGUUACAUCCAGUUUAGGCCAUAACUGGUUGCAGAGAGAGAGCAUACUGCAUUCCAUCAGGACAAGUGACAUCAGCAGAUCGACCUCAGUUUAGUCCUCAGUUUAACCCAGUUAUCUAAAGCACAAUUUGGAGGGAAAACCUUUAACCUAUUGCUCUUACCACACUCGUGCAUACAUAUUGUAGACUGUGUAAAUGGUGCACUGAGUUUAACAGAAAUGAUUAGAAUGGACAUUUUGAGUGUGUUUGCCUUUAUGUUUUAAAUCAGUGGUUCACCACCUGAAGCUCUUUAAGGCAGUGGUUCCCAACUGGUCCAGCCACAGCGUCCAGAUUACUCCUUAGUCUCCUUAGUUCAAGGUCCACACAGUCUUUUCUUGUAAGUUCCUGGAUAACGUCUCUAACUUCUUCUGGAUUCUAAAACCUACUUGAAUAAUAUGGGAAAGAGCCGUUUGGCUGAUCUGUGUAUAACUCAUAAACAUAUGCAACAGCUGGUGAUCGCUCACAAGUAGUUACAUGCUUUAUUUUGAAGGGUCAUCAGCCAAAAAUUUGGAAAGCACUGUUCGAGAUAAAGUAACUGGGUUAAACUGGGCAACUGUUUCGCUGGUGUGUAAAAUGAUACAAGACAUGGGAAUGAUGAGCAGAACCAUGAAAAUAAAAUCUAGCUUAUGAAAAGAAUUUAAGGAAUUGUAUGUGUGUGUGUAUUUAUAAGCGUUCUUUUGUUUCUGCUGUAAUCAUAUUUAUGAAUAUGGACUGGACUGAUGCACUUAAAUGUUACUGUUUUGUUUUUGGUGACACUAAAUAUGUAUUUUAAUGCCAGGUGUAAAUAGGGUUAAUGCUGUAUAAAAUAACUGCCAUUUUUGCAUGAAGUGAACACAUACUGUACUUUCACACAGUAAUGACGUCAGUUUUUGUAACUAUUUGUAUUAUUAUACAUUUGAUGGUUUUAUAGUCCUGUAUCAUGGUAUCCCAACAUAAAUGCCCAACAGAAUAGCCAGAAUAAAUGUUGGCUUUUGACAUUUCUGCAAACAAGGGACAACCAUUUCAUUUCAAUCAGGAGAGACUCGUUCUGAGAAAAAGAAUAUUUAUUUACAUCUGCACAUAAGAAAUGUGGAAAAUCUUUCGAGCCCCCAUGGAGUCUAGAUGCUGGUGGUGGUGAUGAGAUGAGAUGAAGAGAGAGCUGAGGAUCUGGGUGUGUCCCAAACUCCCUGUUUUUGUUGGUCUUGAACAGUUGUCUCUGAUGUCGUCUGCUGCUUGACAGCUGUCUCGCCUCGGUAUCACACCAUCACCUCCUUCUCCUGAUUGGACACUCAGCUCAUUUACAUGUAAUCUGAACUACAUCACUUCAGACAUGUUGAUAAGAUUUGUAUGGAACGUGCAAAUGCAACACAUCUUUGGUUUAUGGAAACGUACAAUGCCAACAUUUUACUCUGGCAACUGAAUGCACCUUGUAUGUUAAGAGUUUUGUUGUCAAGCAGCUGAGUUUUAAAUCAAAUGUGUAGGAAGAGUAUAAAUAUAAGCUGUGUUUGCAUGAGUUGAAAACAUUUUCUGCGCAGACCUUUUUAAAAGCGCAGCUGGUCCUUGAACCCCUCACGAGAUGAGUGAUUGUUGUAAAAAGAUUGCUUUUUCAAUAUCAAUGCAAUAACUACAUUUUCUGCACCAAUGCAAAUUUCUUAUAAUUCAUGUAUAAACUUUCAAUGCAGCUGUGUACAUAACAUGAUCAAU